AUGUCUGUGCAUAGAACUGCGUGGGUUUCCCUUGCGGUAACAACAACUUUGCCCGCCGCGCCGAGUGCUUCAAGUGCGGAACCGCGCGCCCCGCCGACGCGGGCGGCGGCGGCGGGCGGGAUGAUCGGUAUGGCGGCGGAAGAGACGACAGGGGGGGUGAUCGCUACGGGGGAGGGAGAGGCGACGACAGGGGCGGGGACCGCUACGGUGGGGGGAGAGGCGACGACAGGGGGGGAGAUCGCUACGGGGGAGGCAGAGGCGACGAUAGGGGCAGGGGGGAUGACAGGGGGAGGGGGGAUGACCGCGGGAGAGAUGACAGGGGAAGGGGGGACGAUAGGCGCGGGGGAGAUGACAGGCGCGGCGGGGAUUACGGGUCCCGCGGAGGGGACCGCGACGGGGGGCGCGGGGAUGGGGGCCGGGGAGGCGGAGAUUAUGGCGGGCGCGGUGGGGGGGACUACGCGCGGGACGACAGGGGCGGUGGCGGAGGGGGAGGGGGAUCCGCGGGCGGGGGAUACGGGGGAGGAGGGGGAUAUGGGGACGAUGGCGGGGCCGACAGACGUGACUGUUGACGAGCUGUGCAACCUGUUCGGCGGAAUUGGAAUGAUCGCGCGCAUCAAGCAGAAGCGCGGGUACAAGGACCAGUGGCCGUUCAACGUGAAGCUCUACACGGACGAGAGGGGGCAGAACAAGGGCGACGGCGUCUUGACCUAUGAGGACCCGCAGGCCGCCCACAGCGCUGGUGGCUUCUUCAACGGGCACACCCUGCGCGGCAGCACCAUUAAAGUGGGCAUGGCGGAGAAAUCAGCACCACGGCCGGGAGGAGGAGGCGGACGAGGAGGUCCUCUCCCACUCCUCUCUCCUGCCUCUCUCCUCCCUCUCUCCUUCCCCACUCCUCUCUCCUCCCUCACUCCUCCCUCUCUCCUUCCCUCACUCCUCUCUCCUCCCUCAGUCCGCCCUCUCCUUCCCUCACUCCUCUCUCCUCCCUCACUCCUCCCUCUCUCCUUCCCUCACUCCUCUCUCCUCCCUCACUCCUCCCUCUCUCCUUCCCUCACUCCCCUCUCCUCCCUCACUCCUCCCUCACUCAUUCCCUUACCCCUUUCCUCACCCCUUGCACGUUCCAUUCACUCGCCCCUCCCCAUGUGCCUUGUGCUGUUGUGUGUUCUGUGCCCCCCAUGUGUCCUGUGCCUUCUGUAA